AUGGCUCGGUGGCAAGGCUUUCUUGGGCCUCGCCUUCUGGGAAACCCGGAGCUGGCCGACGGCGCCAUGCCUGCUGGUUCUGCUCUGCGCAGUGCUGAUGCAGCCGACGGUCAGGUGGCUGCGAUGGCCAGACCAGCUCCAUUGCAGGCGCCACAUCCGAACGGAGACGUGAGGUCCAUGGUUCGAGAAGCGGCACAAACCGUGGCAGCUUCGGUGCCGCAAAGGGCAGCUGCCCCACAGGCGCCGGUGCAGCUCAUCAUACAGAACAGCUCGACGGUUACAACGUCGCAAGUGCCAGAGACGCCACCAGAACCACCAAAAAUGCCGCAGCACAUGUGGGAGUUGUCCAGGAAAGACCUAGUCGAGUUCUGGAUGUCGCCACUGAAUCGAAUUUGCCUGUUGGGCCUUGCUGGUUUCCUGCUAUGGAUCUACCACGGCAACACCCAGCACAAGUGGCGAAUGUCAGAGCUUCAGCGCCGGAUAGAUUCCAAUCCCUUCACAAAGCUGGUUGCAAUGGCCUUUGGACCAUCGUCUUGGCCAAGGUGA